AGUACGAGGACUCGGAGUACGAGGGGUCGACGGACACGGAGAUCGCGUGCGGCAUGUCGUCCCUCUUGACCCAGACCUCCAACGAGAGUCACGACAAUGUCGCGCAAAACUAUUUACUACACGUGCGGUCCGGACACCACAAACGACUGGCCGGCUUUCAAGCCGAGUUCGUGUGCCUUAGCCCGGGAGUCGACAGCACGACGGCGCCUCCCUAUCGGAUCACAUCCCUGUGUGUCAACUCAUACGCCAACCUGGUUGCCUACGGAACAGAAAAUAGUCUCGUUAUUAUCGAUACGAUUCAAAAGUGUGCUGUACUUAACGUGUCGACCAGUGCGGCCGAUCCCUACCAGAGGUCCAUGAGAGGGGCCCCCAAGAAGACCACGUCAACGGGUAUGCCGUCAAACAGGGAUCCCAUUGACGGCAGUCAGAGCGACGCCGAUCGAUGCAAGUCUCCCACCUCUGAUCAGUGUGAGGAAAGCCGAUCGCCCGACCCGUCCAUACCCAGUAGUCCGUUGCUGCCAUCACCGACACAGCCAUUUGAUCUCAUGCUACCUCCGGUGCCGCCGCCGAGGCUUAAGCGAAGGAAAGCCUCGCCGGACACCGGGUCCGUCCAGAGCGUCGACACGUGCGAUGAGUGUACGGCUGAUGAGCCGGUAGUCCCCGCCGGCGGCGAGUCCGUUGAGAUCAGUACCGAUCACGCCGUAGUGAACUAUAGUAAGAGCGAGUGCCCUGAGCAGCCCAGGGAGGCUACCAGUGCCGUCAAUCCUACCGCCGACAGGAAAGACAGCAAAUUAGCCAAAGAUAGCGCCAGUACUCCGUCGGUCGACAGCUCGUCCGACAGUCAAUCGGUGCGGUCGGCCGUCGGCAGCGACCUGUCGUCCCCCACCAGCGAAGCCAACAGCGAAUUGAGCGACAAAUUGAAUCAAAUGAAAGUGAAUAGUCGAGAGCACCGGGCGAUGAUGAGUAGGCAGUGCUCGCAGUUGCAUAAAACCCGGGCCAAAGCCAAAGUCGUAGACCUGAGAGCGGGUGACAGCGACGAGUCGCUGGUCUCGCGUAUAAUUAGUAAACAACAGCAACAGAGUGCCGGUGCGCCCGGCGGUGGCGGCGGCGCCCCGGGAAACACGAGCAUAGCUACCGGCGCUGUGGCCAAAAAGCAGAUUACGCCCGAAAUGAAACGAUCUCGCUCACAA